AUUGUUUGAAACUGAAGAGAGGACAUUGCAUUACCGACCGACCUAUUCAAAGAUGUCCACCAGUGACUGGCCAGACACACCUGCUGAGCACAGGUACUCAUCUGAAAAAUGAGAACAAAGCGAUUGUUCCUGUUCUCUUUCUCGGGCCACUUCAAACGUGCUCCGAGGGCUGGCGGGCUCACUGUCAGGGGUGCGAGCUGCAGCGACAGGCAAACGAUGGAGACGAAUAUAGCUAAGAUCAUGCAGGACAGGAUCCCCUUCGGAGGCGAUCUGAAGACAGUCAGAUCUUGCAUAAAGCCUCUGCUGUUUUCCUGUAAACCCCGGAGUUUUGGCUCUGCGGAAGACGCUCUCGGCAGCGGCCUCCCCCCGUUCAGGCCCCAGUUCCUUCUGGGUUAUGACCAUUUCAAGCGCACAGUAGAGGGAGGCUCUUGGAUGCCAAAGGUGUCUGCUUUCAAACCAAGACAUCAGGAGGUAGAAUCCCCUGACGAUUCUCGCAGCGGAGACCUCCCCCGCCCCAUGUACCCCCUCCCUCAAGCCAGUACAGCACAUCUGCCAAAGUACAGCCCCCACAUGAUUGACCUGAACCGAUUUAAGCACUUCAGGAACCUGAACCAAUUUGACACUAAGCGAGUGAAGCAGGAACCAGUCAGCCCCGAUGGAGUGUGGCCCCCCCCCUCCCAUAUUCUAAUGUCCCCUGGCUCACCGUUCUUCCCAGCGCUCCACCCCAGCCUGAUCCCCUUUCCAUUCUACAUACCGGGGCCUGCCAUGCAUCUCCCCCCGCGCAGUUUCUAUCAAAGCGAGGCCCUGAGCGGGAACCGCGGUGCCCCUGUCGGCGGUCAGGAAGCCCAAGUCAGCACCGAGAAGCUGGGGGCCAGCAUCCACGUGGAUGACAGCUACUACGUGGACGUGGGGGGAGAGCGGAAGCGCUGGCAGUGCCGAAUGUGUGAGAAAUCUUACACCUCCAAGUACAACCUGGUCACCCACAUCCUGGGUCACAGCGGCAUUAAGCCUCAUGGCUGUAACCUGUGCGGCAAGCUUUUCAAGCAGCUGAGCCACCUGCACACGCACAUGCUUACGCACCAGGGAGCGCGGCCGCACAAGUGCCAGGUGUGCCGCAAGGCCUUCACGCAGACCAGUCACCUGAAGCGGCACAUGAUGCAGCACAGCGACGUGAAGCCCCACAGCUGCGGCGUGUGCGGCCGGGGCUUUGCCUACCCCAGCGAGCUGCGCGCCCACGAGCUGAAGCACGAGAAGGGCCAGGAGAACGUGUGUGUGGAGUGCGGCCUGGACUUCCCCACCCUGGCGCAGCUGAAGCGGCAUCUUGCUGCCCACAGGGGCCCUACGCAGUACAGCUGCACUGAGUGCCAGAAGACCUUUCAGUACCCCAGCCAGCUGCAGAACCACAUGAUGAAGCACAAGGACAUCAGGCCUUACAUCUGCAGUGAAUGUGGCAUGGAGUUUAUCCAGUCGCACCACCUGAAGCAGCACACCCUCACGCAUAAGGGGGUGAAGGAGCACAAGUGUCGUAUCUGUGGACGGGAGUUCACCCUGCUUGCCAACAUGAAGAGGCACGUCCUGAUCCACACCAACAUCCGAGCCUAUCAGUGCCACCUCUGCUUCAAGAGCUUCGUGCAGAAGCAGACGCUGAAGGCCCAUAUGAUCGUCCACUCCGACGUCAAGCCCUACAAGUGCAAGCUCUGCGGGAAGGAGUUCAACAGAAUGCACAACCUGAUGGGGCACAUGCACCUGCACUCAGACAGCAAGCCUUUCAAGUGCCUCUACUGCCCCAGCAAAUUCACCCUGAAGGGCAACUUGACCAGGCACAUGAAAGUCAAACACGGCAUCAUGGAAAGAGGACUUCAUGCACGAGGAUUCAAACAGAAGGGGAGGUUCCGUUUGAACUCCAGCCUCGGCGUCAUCGGCCAUUUCAGCCAGGACGAGCCUUUCGACCUCUCUCAGAAGGGCAAGGAGAAGUUCCGCUUGUCCCAGUCGGAUGGGGAGAGCGUUCAGGGCAGCCUGUGCCAGGAGGAGGACGAUGACAGCCUCUACAGGAUGAGCCAGUACAGUCCGGAGGACUACCCUGCCAGCGACCACCCCUUCCUUUCAGAAGAGGCGCCCCCCUACAAGUGCGGGAGCCCGGGCGCGGCGGCGCUGAACGAAACAGAGGCCAGCGACGAGGACAAGAAGGAUGACUUGGGUGGGGAAGCCAAGAUAAGGGAAGAGUCUAAAGAGCUCAAGCGCCCGGGUGGGGAAGCGUCCCCGUUUACGCGAUGCUCUAGAGAGUGCAGCUCUCCUGGGAAGUGCAUCGACGGCUCUGACAGGAACUGAGAAAGAAGCUGUGAAAGCGAAAAAGAAGAAAAAAAAACCUGAGUUAAUUUAGUGAAAUUUCGUGCCGUUUGCUGUGAAUCAACCUGAUCUAUAAAAAGCAGCUGUGAAUUAUUAUGUCAGUGAUUACUGUUUACUUACCCUAGAGUGCAGACAUGUUAACAUACUGAUAGUCAAAGUAAUUUAAAAGCAGUGUUUAUUUGCUAGUACUGUAUCCCGUAAUACGUGCGUUCAUUUUAUGUGUAGUUUUUUUUUUUUUUUUUUUUUAAAGUUAAAUUUGCAUUGCUUUAAAUUAGCCUAAAGACAGAUCUGUUGCUGUGUAGAAAGAUAGAAUAAUGCUACAUAAAUAAUACGGAAAUUAAGGCACGUAAUUCACCCGAUUUAA